AGGAUUAUACAUUAAAGAAUUUAAUCAAACAUCACAAUUUUAACCCAGUAUUCACCAAUAAAUAGGGCCUUCAUUUUUCACAUAAAACGUACACAACUCAAUUAUCAGUUUAAUUUGUUGAAAGAAGAAAAUGGGUGUGAUUGUUGAGGAGCAAGAAUCCCGUUGUUCAAUCCCACCAACAAGAUUGUUCAAAGCUUACCGUGAUUCACAGAACCUCUUUCCCAAGGUUUUGCCUAGUGUUUUCAAGAGCAUUGAGGUGAAAGAGGGCAAUGGAGGAGCUGGAUCUAUCCUGUUGAUAACUUAUUAUGAUGAAGGGGAUAAAGUUAUGACGGUGAAGCAUAAAAUUGAAGAAGUCGAUGAGACAAAUCAUGUGUACAAGUUUAGCGUGAUCGAAGGUGAUGAUCUGGGUGAAGAUUUUGAGUCUUCCUCGACCGCCAUCAAAAUCGAAGCUGCUGCAAAUGGAGGUUCAGUCUAUAAAUCAGUCUCUACAUACCACACCAAAGGAGAUAACCAUAAUGUCAUAAGAGAGAAGAUCAACAAAGCAACAGAGGCUGCUAAGGCAUUCUUGCAAGCUAUUGAGGCUCACCUCCACUCAAACCCUAAUGAAUACAAAUAAUUAAUUGGAAUUGCAUUUUGGCAUUUUCAAGAAUAAGUAUUAAUUAUCAAUAAUGUGUGUCUUGUUCAGUCAUCGUUGGUGUGUUUUUAUAUUGUAUCUAAACUAAAUAUAUAAAUAUUUGCAAUUAUGCUUUAA